AAUCUGCAAACCUGACAAUACUUUUCUGCCUUCUCUGCAGCCACGAACUCCAUGGCAAGCGUUGUGCUUCCUCCGGGCACAGCGCCAGUUAAGACCGAAUUUCUCCUCCAUAACAUCAAUCUGCCAGCCACAGACGACGAUGCUGCCGAGGGAUCAACCUCCCACGCGGGGCGGGGUCCAUCGAGACCUGACGCGGACGCUGAUUCUGCACCCGGCGGCCGCAAGAAGCUCACCAAAGAGCAAAAGAAGGCGCAGAGAGGUGCCAAUAAAGGUCGGAGGUUUGGAAAGGUGCGCGACGAACUUGAAUUAUGCUGGCGGAUUGCCAAUGGUACUAUCUGUGAACAUGGCACCGAGUGCCGCUUCACCCACGAUGUGGAUGCGUAUCUCGCUGCGAAGCCAAGAGAUAUCCAUUUCCCACCGACCAGUACAUUGCGAGAAACUCAACCGUUUGUAGUUGUCAACGAACCAUCUCAAAACGGAACGGAAGGAGGAGAAUCUUCCUUGGACUUUGGUACUACUUGUACAUGCUUUGAUGAAGCUGGGGAAUGCCGUAUGGGAUUCAAAUGCAGAUUUCUCGGAGCUCAUGCACGCAGAGGCGACGGCGGCGCUGUCACGCUUGUGGUCGACGAGGAGAAGAAAUCAAGGGUCGCUCUUACAACUACUGAGCUUAACCAUGUCAACUCGGAAACCUUGAAAAUCGUACGUGCACGGAAGUACCCGACGCCAAUCGCAGACGCAUAUCUCCAAGAUUUGGAUGCUAUUGUCAACGGAAGCGGUGAUGUGGAAGAACCCCAAGCUCAAGAAAGUCAAAAAGCAGGCAACGCAGGGAAUGACCCUGUUGGCGAGCUUAUCACCCAGCGCACUGGCGAGACACGCUCCCAAGCCGAGACUCCCGACGUUCCCAUGCGCUUCUCUGAGAAGAAGCGACUUCAUUGGACGGGAAAAACUUGUAGGUGUUCCCGUGCUCUCCCGUUCCGGCGACUCUGCGUGUCACUCGGCGCUGAUAUUACGUGUGGUGAAAUGGGACUCGCUACGUCUUUUCUGGCCGCCUCGCGCGAAGAAUGGUCGCUUGUGCGCCGCCAUCCGUGCGAGUCCAUUUUCGGGAUUCAGCUAGCGGGUAAUAAACCAUCUACGAUGGAAUUUGCAGGAAGUAUUGAUUUUGUCGACAUCAACUGUGGAUGUCCCAUUGAUCUAGUAUUCCGCUCUGGAAGCGGAUCUGCUCUGCUCGACACCCCGGGGAAGCUGGGUAAGAUUGUUGUGGGCAUGAACAAAGCCCUGGGGGAAAUUCCUGUCACUGUCAAGUUGCGCACUGGAGUUAAAGACGGCCGUAACACGGCCCACAAGCUCAUGCCGAGGCUUGGCACAGAGUGGGGUGCUGGAUGUAUUACUUUGCACGGGAGGACGCGGCAGCAACGAUAUACAAAGCUCGCAGAUUGGGACUAUAUAAGACAAUGUGUAGAGGCUGUCAGGGCGCGCGAAUCUGAGGAAGGAUUGGCCUCUGUUCCCAUCUUCGGCGGCGGGGAUUGUUUCUCAUCCCAAGAUUAUUGGGAGAAAAUGGAAGGUACUGGAGUAGAUGGUAUCAUGAUCGGCAGAGGUGCAUUGAUCAAACCAUGGAUCUUCACUGAGAUCAAGGAACGUAGGGAGUGGGAUAUCAGUUCCAGAGAACGCCUAGAACUUAUCAGGAAGCUGGCGGAGUAUGGGUUGAGUCACUUUGGAACGGACACGGCGGGUGUGAACACCGCGCGGCGCUACCUCUGCGAAGCUCUUUCCUUUCAAUACCGCUACAUUCCGAUCGGCCUCCUGGAGCGACUUCCGGCGCGCAUCAACGAGCGUGCUCCCGCGUUUAGGGGUAGAGAUGAGCUCGAAACCUUACUUGCCAGUCCGAACAGUCAAGACUGGGUCAGAGUGUCAGAAAUGUUCUUGGGACCAGCACCAGAAGCAUGGUCAUUCACUCCCAAACAUAAGAGUAAUUCGUACUCGGACGAAAGCCAAGGAUAAGCAGCAACAAAACAGGGAUGUGCACAUGUAUCAUCCCAUGCAAAACGGGGCGUCUCGUUUGCAAUCAAUGUUUAAAAUGUAUGCCUUGAGCGAAGUAGGAGUUACUACAGCCCUCGACUUUUCGUCUCUGUGGUAUUGGCGUGUUGUGACCUUGUCUUGUUUGCUGACCCAAUAGAAGUAUGAUACGCCCGUGGAGGAUAUUAUGCCUGCAUGCAGGG